AAACUCUUAAAAACAAAAACCCAUUCCCCAUACCGAUUACCAAAUUUCAUAUAUAUAUAUAUAUAAAACAUUAUAAUUUAUAUAUUCCAUACCCCUCCUCCAUCUCCGUCCACCUUCUCCCCGCCGGACACUAUGCAGCCCUGUAGCAGAGAAAUGCAAUCCCUCAACUCUCUCUUAAACCACUCCCAAAUAUCUCUCCAAGACCUCCAUGCCGACCACCAUUUGAAUCCCCCACCGCCCCAGAUCCCUCCCUCUCACUUCCACCAUUUUGAUCCCUCCGCCGCUUCCAACGACGACUUCCUCGAACAAAUGCUCAACACAAUCCCUUCCUGUUCUUGGCCUGACCUCAACCCUUCAAACCCUAAAUCCCCUUGGGACCUUAACCCCAUCAAUAAACCCUCUAGAGAUAUCUCCGAUGAUCCUCACCAGAAUCACCUCACUGCUACUUCUCCCGCCGCUAAGGCCGCCGUUAUGCUUCAACAACAGCUUCUCUUGUCCAGAGGAAUGUCUGGCUCUGCCGGAAAUGGCGUUGCAGAUCAUGGCCUCCCCCCUAUGCCUCUCUCCCUUGGAAAUGCCGACUUGGAUCGCUCCCAAAACGACGUCGUUGAUGGAUCCUGUUUCCGCCCACCGAACUCGGGUGGUUCUCUUCAAUCGAAUAGUUUUGGAGCUCCGGGAAACGUGAUGAAUCAAACUCCAGGAGGUGGGUCUGCCGGAGUUUCUCAAUCUCAACCAAAGCAGAAGGUCAGAGCUCGUAGAGGCCAAGCGACUGACCCACACAGUAUUGCCGAAAGGCUUCGAAGAGAGAGAAUUGCAGAGAGAAUGAAAGCUCUGCAAGAACUCGUUCCCAAUGCAAACAAGACGGAUAAAGCUUCGAUGCUUGAUGAGAUCAUCGACUACGUUAAAUUCCUCCAGCUCCAAGUCAAGGUUCUGAGCAUGAGCAGAUUGGGGGGUGCAGCUGCUGUGGCUCCUCUAGUCGCUGACGUCUCCUCUGAGGGUGGGGGUGAGUGCAUGCAAGGAAGUGGAGCCCAAGCUGGUGGUCGGAAUUCCAACAAUAAUGGCAACGGCGGAAACCAAACUGCCUCGACCAACGAUAGCAUGACGGUGACGGAGCAGCAAGUGGCAAAGCUAAUGGAGAAAGAUAUGGGAUCGGCGAUGCAGUAUUUGCAAGGGAAAGGGCUUUGUCUUAUGCCCAUAUCUCUAGCAACUGCGAUCUCUACGUCCACCUGUCACUCCAGGAAUCCCUUGAUGAACGGCGGCGGCGGUGGCGGUGGGAGUCAACAUCCCGUGAUGGGAUCCAACGGUGAAGGGCCAUCGUCGCCGAGUAUGUCGGUGCUGACUGUGCAAUCGACGAGCAUGGGGAACGGCUCCGUCAAGGACGCCGCCUCCGUAUCAAAGCCGUGAAGACGGCGGCGCGUGGAGAAUUGACUUUUUGAUUUUAAAAAGAAAAGGAGUAAACUUUUGUAGAAGUCUACGAAAAUAAGGCAAGUCUUGUAAUACGGCGCCGUAUUCUCGUAGACUUUUAUUUGGCCUACAAACCCUAACAUAAAAAGUAAAAGAAGAAAAAACUCUAAAAAAGCAAAGGUAAAGGCAAAGGCAAAGGCAAAGGAAGCACAUCCUCUCCUUCUGACAUCAAAAGCCUUUCCUUUUUUUCUUUCUUUCUUUCUUUCUUUCUUCCUAUUUUUACAUUACAAUUAUUGUCUUUUUCUUUUCCUUUUCCUUUAACUACUUGUUGACUCAAUGGUUUGUGUUCUAAUUCAGUAAUUAAUUACUAAUUAAAUUAGAGAUAGUUUUGUUUU